AUGGAGAGAAUCUCUAACAACGACAACGCACAACAGACGACCACGUACCAGAAAUAUCCCCGAACGCUUUCCGUGGUACUCUCGUACGUUUUGGUACUCUCAUGGAUGCCAACAAAACUCUCGUGGUAUUGGCCUGCGUCAACGCUCUGUCGGGUUGGAGGUUGUCCAGCUCAUUUCUCGGCUAAGGUCGUGAAGGUUGCGCAACUAAGUGGGUCGUCAAAGUAUACAAUGAGACUAGGACGCAUAACCACUAGUCUAACACAGCUAUCGGAAGCACUUACCAAGGAUCAGCCUGCGUUGAUAAUUGCCCCGAUGUUCAGAGCCGGCUAG